GGCUUCUCUUAUCGCGCCUUGAUUGGCGGCGCAGCUCCGAGUCUUGGUGCGGGGGGCAUCGGCGUCUUCGCCGACUGCUCUAUCACUUGCAUUGUAGCUGCACCGUUUUGACGGGUUUAGUUCUUCUUCUUUUUAUUCCUCUCACCAGGACCAGAUUUCUUCUUUUCACUCUGCUACAGGCUGUAAGAUAUUGGUUAGGGUUAUUAAAAUGCCAUUCACCACAGCUAUCCGUUCGACGCUACAAAGCCAGUCGCCAGCGUUCGGCUUUUGGCUCACCCUCAAUAGCGCAGGGGCGGCCAAGACAUUGCUGCGAUCAACAUCAAAUAACAAGUCAGGAGGUUUCAGCUGGGUUUUGAUCGACGCAGAGCAUGGGUUAAUCACCGACAGAGACUAUUAUGAACUCAAUAAUGCUGUUGCAUCUGAGGGUGCUAGCCCGAUCAUCCGGGUGCCCUGGGCAGAAGAAUGGAUGAUUAAGCGUGCACUUGAUGCUGGCGCUCACGGUGUCAUGACACCAAUGUGCCACUCGGAGGAGGACGCUGCUAAGAUUGUCAAAUUCUCAAAAUACCCUCCCCGGGGUACCCGCGGUUACGGACCAAUGUUUGCUCCACAUGCUAUCCCCGGCGUUGUACCCGGGGAGCAUCACGAUGCACAAGCCGAUGAUUCGUUGAUUGUGGUAGUACAAAUUGAGUCGAGGGCAGGUGUGGAAAAUGUCGAAAAGAUUGCGGCCGUAGAUGGGCUAGAUGUUCUUUUCAUUGGACCCUUUGACCUUGCAAAGCAAAUGGGAGUCGCCCGAGGUGGUGAAGAACAUGAGGCUGCCAUCCAGCGCGUGUUAAAAGCCGCCCGAUCAGCUGGCAAGAAGGCCGCUAUAUUCUGUACGGAUGGCAAUGACGCCCGUGCGCGAAUCCAGCAGGGAUUUGACAUGGUUUCAAUAAUUACUGAUGUGGGCGUUCUAGCCGAGGGAAUGAAUCGCCAGCUCGCUGUGGCAGCAGGAAAUGCUGAAGGGGAUCAGAAGAGAGAUGGAUACUAUUGACAUACUAUCUUGGCGUGCAAAGUAGGAAUUAGUGGGCUUAUUUACUAGAAAUUGUAUAUAAACAUCCCCAAAAUCAAACAUACAAAGAAAAUAACGACUCACCGGUUC